AUGGCAGAUCCACUUGAAGCCGUCGCUUGCUCGGGAGCUCGACCACCAACCCAGCCAGCACCUCAACGCAAGGCAUCUAAAGUCCGUCGGCUCUUCACAAAGACCUCCGAUAGUUCCGAGCAUCUCCAGCCUACAGUCGGGCUCCAGCCUCAACCACCAACUAUCGAGGAUCUGGAAGAGCUGUUGAAGCGACUAGAUACUUUGAAUGUCGGAGUGCAGCUCGAGCCACGCGGUCCGGGCCCAGGUGAGCUACCACCAGGCUUCUACACCAUACGACUUGCGCCUGGACGUCCAGCUCCAGAGAGACAUCUUGAGCGGCCGGCGACAAAGGGUGAGGUGCUGGACCUGAAGAGACGCGUCGAGGCAUUGGAAAGAGAGGAACAGAAGAGGAAGAGUGCGGCUGCUAUGGAGAGAAGAAUUUGA